GCUGGGGUCAGUGUGAUGCAGUCUGUAGGGUGUGAGUGGAACCCUGCUGACCUGCAGUAUGGUUUUUUGUAGGUCUCUGGACACUGUGGACACACACUCACCUGCACAAACAGAAGAGGCCGCACAGGUCAGUGCUUGUCCAGCGCUCCUCAAUGGCACUGCAGAUCCACAGGAGAGCGCUGCCCUCCCCUGCAGGGACCCUGAGGAGCUGGAGAGCGUGUCUCAGCCUGUCCCCACUGUGUCAGUGCAGCUGGAUUUUGAAAGUGACCUGGACUCGCUCUCGGACAACAACACCUUGGACCAGUCCAAGCCGUCCCCUAGUGGCCCGUCUGAGCUGCCCAGCCUUCUGAGCUCCAGCCUGCCAGCGAGGAGCCUGCAGUCCAACAACUCGCUCAACGGCAGUAUGAUGAGUCUCUUCAGCUCAGGGGAGUUUGGCUCUCUGGAGGUGAAGGGCAGUAUUUUGUUCGCACUGCACUAUGACAGCCACAAGGGGGAGUUCCAAAUCAAGGUGUCCCGCUGCCAAGACCUCGCUGAGGCCAAGAAACAGCGCUCAGACCCGUAUGUGAAGAGUUACCUUCUCCCAGACAAGUCGUCCCACAGCAAGAGGAAGACCAGCGUGAAGAAGAAGAGCAUCAACCCCGUCUUCGACGAGACCCUCAAGUACAAGAUCUCGAUGGCGGAUCUGAGGAGCCGCACGCUCAACCUGUCGGUGUGGCACCACGACCCCCUCGGACGGAACUUCUUCCUGGGCGAGGUAGAGGUCGCCAUGGAGACCUGGGACUGGAGCGACUGCCAGCCCGCCUGGCACGACCUGCUUCCCCGGACCCCCAUGUCUCCCGACUGCAUUAGCAGCAGAGGGAGGAUCUCCCUGGCUCUGCAGUUCAUCCCAGCUGGCUCACAAGGCAGCGGCACUCCUUUAACUGGAGAGCUCCAUUUCUGGCUGAAGGAGGCUCAGAACAUCAUUCCCACGAAGGGCAGCACCAUCGACACCUUCCUCAAAAGCUAUGUGCUCCCAGACGACAGCAAGUCGAGCCGUCAGAAGACCCGCGUGGUGAAGAAGACCCUGAGCCCCACCUUCAACCACACCAUGGUGUACGACGGCUUCCAGAGAGAGGACCUGAAGGAGGCCUGCGCGGAGUUCACGCUGUGGGAGCACCAGACCUUCUCCAGCCUGCUACUGGGGGGCGUGCGACUCAGCAUGGGCACAGGGUUCAGCUACGGGCAGCCUGUGAGCUGGAUGGAUUCCACAGAGGAGGAGAUUGCUGUCUGGAGAGCCAUGAUCUCACAGCCGGGCACAUGGGUGGACACCUCCCUGCCACUGAGGACCAACCUAGUGCCCAGGAGCACAGCCACAGAGCCUAACUAAGAGAUCCAGCACCCCAAUCCCAGAGCACUGAGACAGAGAGAGGACCCCAAGAACAUCUCGUCUGCAGCCUGCAUCAACAUGCUGCUAUGUGGAACAUUGCUUAUCUACCUGGAUUUCACAAUGCUCUGAACAGAACUUGGAAUGUUUGUCACAUUGAAUUGAAGACACACUAAAAUCAUGCAGCGGUCACGUGCAAUGAGGUGCAAUCAGGAGUCAUUAAAAUGAUUAUUUGGUGUGAAGCCAGGAGCUUUAGUGAGGUGCAGAAAGCAUGUAUUCAAACCGACUAGCAUUUGUUCAUCAAUCAGGAAUCAUUUAGUAGACAGCAAGUAGCGUAGUGCUGUCCUUACUGAGGAGGCUUGGAGGAGCUAAUUCAACAGACUUCCAACUCGCUGCACAAAAACGGGUACAAUUGUCAGUCUCUGCUUGGGAGAGGCCCAGGACUGGAUGGCAGGCAGGCAGGCAGGCAGGAGGUGUUCAGAUCAGGACUGAGGUGCGCACUCCCUCUCUCGUCACUGCCAGCCCGAAACUUUGUUCUAAAUUAUUCGUAUCAGGAUGUAUCAACGCAAAGCAACUAGUGCUUUCAAUCAGACCUGUCUGACCGUAUCUGAGUAAAUUUCCAUGGCAUGGCAGCGAAGCACUCCAGCCCUUUAAGACACAUGCUUGGCAAGGUUCCAAACACACGGGGCAGCACAGCCAAGCUCUUUUUUGUUUCAGCUUUUCUUUAUGCAAAUACAAUAAGGUGCGACUUCAACUGAACUUUCCCACUGAUCACCCAGGACUGUACUGACCAAAGUACGCAAGGAUUGCUUGUAAGAAGAAAGCAUUCUGUAAUUAUUACUUCAGAUCUGUUUAGAUUUUUCUGUGACCCGUGUACAGAAUGCCUAACUUGCUGAAUUUAUUGUGCAGAACUGGUUGAUUUUUGACCGUGGGUUUGCCUGCACCGUCACUUGGAUUUUAGUUUUUUGUCUGAUUUCUUGUAGUGGAUGCACUCAAAAUAUAUUCUGUGCAAGAAAAUCAAUCAUUUCCAAGUGCAGUGCUUGUAAUCACAGUAGUGUGUGAAUCACUAAUAGACAUUUCAGGGUGCUUUUUACAGUACAUGGUUAAUACAUUUCUUUAAAGACAGGGCCAGUCCAUCACACUGAAGAUAAAUCAGCCCUCAGACUCUAUUGAAAGCUCCCUGUGCUUGCAAUUUAUAAUAGAGGGGCUUAACAAGAUGUUUAAACUACAAUCGCAUAUGGCUGAAGUAUGCUUGAUGUCAGUUCUGGGUAAAUCCAAUGCUUUGAAUGACAAGCUUAGUUUAUGGGUUCCUGUGAGAUUCACGUUAUAUCAUUUUCUGUUUCAGUCCUGGACUGGGACUUGUAAAGCAUCCCUGCAGGCUCUAUGGUGCUCUCAGAAUCAUGUCUAACACACAAGCUCCUGUCCCCCUGCAACACCCCUCGUGGGUGUAAGAAAGUCCAUAUGUAUUCUCUAUGGUAUUUCUCACUGAUGUAGGUCUUACAGGUUAAUGGUUACACUGGUGCACUGAAGGCCAGACAUGAUUCUGAGAGCUCUAAUGAGGACACAGGGGUGCAUUCAACGGUAUAAUUAUAAAGUUUCCUGGACGUGAUAAAAUGCAAACAGAUACACAGUGAAUCUGGACAUCAACAAGAACAGUUUGGAUUUCAAGUUGCUCAUUAACGUGUGACUUCAUGCAGAUAUUAAAAUAGUUUUUGCUUAA